AUGCCGAAACCAUUGGAAAAACUGCCGUUCGCAGAUGUUGGCAACUUUCCUUUACCGGGAACUGCUUCGACUCUUUCUGGCUCUACUAGCCCUAAUGACCCCGAGAAGCUCCCACGCACAUCAACCGAUCGCGACCCUGAUACGGGAAGUAUCAAUAUGAACCAAAGACACUCAAUCGUUCAGGAACUGGCUUGCCAGUAUACUAAACAGUCAGCGAUCUCCGUCGACGACUCAUCCUCCAUCUUUGCCAGCACCGAUCCUAACUCUCCCUUGAACCCACGCGGGGACAAGUUCAACGCCCAAACCUGGGCCAAGACCAUCGCCAAGGCAGCCAACGACCGAGGCCAAGGUUUUCGUCGUGUUGGGCUGUGUUUCCAAAACGUCAACGUCUUUGGGUAUGGCACGCCGACUGACUUUCAGAAGGAUGUGGGUAACGUCUGGUUGGCGUUGCCAGCCAUGACGCGUCGUCUGUUUUCCAAGACAGCUGGUCAAACUCGCAUUGACAUCCUACGCCAGUUCGAUGGUCUCAUACGGCCAGGUGAGAUGUGUGUUGUCCUGGGACCGCCUGGUUCAGGUUGUUCGACGUUUCUCAAGACCAUCUCGGGCGAGACCAACGGCAUUUACAUCAACAAGGAGAAUGCAUACUUCAACUACCAAGGCAUACCGGCUGACGAGAUGCAUACUGCGCACCGAGGUGAUGCGAUUUACACCGCUGAAGUUGAUGUUCACUUUCCGCAGAUGACCGUUGGAGAGACUUUGACCUUUGCUUCUCGUGCUCGGUGCCCAAGGGAUCUGCCUGAAGGUGUAACUCGCAACCAAUACUGCGAACACUACAGGGACGUCGUCAUGGCCAUGUACGGCAUCAGCCACACCGUCAACACCAAGGUCGGCAACGAUUUCGAAAGAGGCGUAUCUGGAGGCGAACGCAAACGUGUGACCAUCGCCGAGGCGACUCUUUCGAACGCGCCUUUCCAAUGCUGGGACAAUUCAACCCGUGGUCUCGACUCUGGCAACGCUAUUGAGUUCUGCAAGACCCUCCGCCUCCAGUCCGAGCUCUUUGGCCAAACCUGUGCCGUCUCGAUUUACCAAGCUCCACAAAGCGCAUACGACCUCUUCGAUAAAGCUACUGUCCUCUACGAAGGCCGGCAGAUCUACUUUGGCCCAGCAUCCAAGGCCAAAGAAUACUUCAUCAACCUCGGAUUCGAGUGCCCAGCCCGUCAGACCACCCCCGACUUCCUUACAUCCAUGACGUCGCCGACGGAACGUGUUCCCCGCGCUGGAUGCAGUCCUCCACGAACACCCGACGAGUUUGCAGCAGCCUGGAAGGCUAGCAUCGAAUACAAAGCCCUGCAAGCCGAGAUCGAACAAUACAAGACGCAGCACCCUCUCAACGGACCCGACGCCGAGACUUACAGACAACUCAAAAAGUCUGCUCAAUCCAAGGGUCAGCGUCUCAACUCGCCCUACAUCCUGACUUAUUCCCAACAAGUCCAACUCUGUCUCUGGCGAGGAUUCAAGCGCCUGAUUGCAGAUCCAUGGAUGACUGUCGGAAUGCUCAUUGCAAACCUGGUCCUCGGCCUGAUUGUCUCUUCCUUGUUUUACAACAUGCAGAUAGACACCGGCUCAUUUUUCACCCGCGGUUGCGUCCUCUUCGUUUCUAUUCUCUUCAACGCCUUUGCAUCAGCCCUUGAGAUCAUGACGCUAUAUGACCAACGACCUAUUGUUGAAAAGCAUUCCCGUUAUGCAUUCUAUCAUCCGUCUGCCGAGGCAUAUGCUUCCGUCCUCGUCGAUCUCCCGUACAAGGUCCUCAACGCCAUUGUGUUCAACCUGGUCUUUUACUUCAUGACCAACCUCCGUCGAGAGCCCGGGCCUUUCUUCUUCUACCUGUUUGUGGUGUUUCUCAUCGUCAUGGCCAUGUCUGGCGUUUUCAGAUCAAUUGCCUCCAUGUCGCGCACCGUAUACGAAGCCGAGAUUCCUUCUGCAGUUCUGUUGAUUGCCUUGAUUGUCUUUACCGGCUUCGUUAUCCCUGUCGAUUACAUGCUGGACUGGUGCCGAUGGAUCAACUACCUGAAUCCCGUGGCCUACGGCUUUGAGUCACUCAUGGUCAACGAAUUCCACAACCGAGAUUUCAAGUGUUCGACUUACAUCCCCGACUACGCCGAUGCCCACUCAAACUCCGUGGCAUGUAACGCCAUUGGUGCCAUCCCAGGCCAGGCAUAUGUCAACGGAGACGCCUACAUCAACUCAGCAUACAGCUACUACCAUGCUCACAAAUGGAGAAACGUCGGUGUUGUAAUUGCGAUGAUCAUUUUCAAUCACGCUGUCUACUUUAUCGCUACCGAGUACAUCACAGCCAAGAAGUCCAAGGGCGAAGUCCUUGUUUUCCGCAAAGGCUUUGUCCCGCCAACUUCCGUCAAGGCCGACAACGACAUCGAAAAGUUUACUUCCGAUUUUCCAACUGUUGUGAGAAAGCCCGACAACACCGCCCUAAACAGCAAGGGAGCAUUCCAAGGUUCGGUCAGCGUCUUCCAUUGGAACAGCGUCUGCUACGACGUCAAAGUCAAGAAGCAGCCUCGACGCAUUUUGGAUCACGUGGAUGGUUGGGUGAAACCCGGCACACUCACGGCCUUGAUGGGAGUUUCAGGCGCGGGAAAGACGUCGCUAUUGGAUUGCUUGGCUGACCGAGCUGGUACGGGUGUUAUCACUGGUGAGAUGUUGGUGGACGGAAAGAUGCGCGAUCACAGCUUUCAGCGCAAGACAGGCUACGUUCAACAACAAGAUCUGCAUCUUGAGACGAGUACUGUGCGAGAGGCGUUGGAAUUCUCGGCUCUUCUCCGUCAACCAGCCAGCACACCAAAAAAAGAGAAGCUAGCCUACGUGGACGAAGUGAUCCGUCUGCUGGACAUGGAAGAAUACGCCGAUGCAGUUGUCGGUGUUCUAGGCGAAGGCCUGAACGUCGAGCAACGCAAGCGUUUAACCAUUGGCGUUGAACUCGCUGCGAAGCCACCUCUCCUUCUUUUUGUCGACGAGCCAACGUCAGGUCUUGACUCACAGACCAGCUGGGCUGUCUUGGAUCUGCUUGAGAAGCUAUCCAAAGCUGGGCAGAGCAUCCUCUGCACGAUUCAUCAACCUUCUGCUAUCCUGUUUCAGCGGUUUGAUCGUCUCCUCUUUCUUUCCAAGAACGGCCGCACUGUUUACUUCGGCGACAUUGGUGACCACUCCAAGACUCUCACCGAUUACUUUGAGCGAAACGGCGCCCCGGCUUGUCACCCUGGAGAAAACCCAGCCGAAUGGAUGCUCGAAGUAACUGGGGACGCCCCAGGAAGUCAGUCCGACACUGACUGGCAUCAAAUCUGGCGUUCCAGCCCCGAGUAUCAGGCCGUCCAGGCCGAAUUGGCUCGCCUACGGUCUCUUGGCACUGACCGCUCAUCCACUGGCGAUGUCCACGACGCUGCUUCCUAUCUCGAAUUCGCCGCACCUCUGUCGGACCAAUUCCUCAUCGUCAUUCGUCGCGUCUUCCAACAAUAUUGGCGUACACCGACUUACAUCUACUCCAAAUUCGUCCUCUGCAUUUCCGUCAGCCUAUUCAUCGGCCUCGUGUUCCUCAACGCUCCUCUCACGAUUCAAGGUCUGCAGAACCAGAUGUUUGCUCUUUUCGAAUUCUGCAGUAUCCUAGGACAACUGGUACAGCAGCAACUCCCACAUUUCGUUACGCAGCGGAACCUAUAUGAAGUGCGUGAACGUCCUUCAAAGACGUAUUCUUGGAAGAUCUUCAUGUUCAGCCAGAUCAUUGUCGAAAUCCCCUGGAAUAUCCUCGCUUCUGUUUUCAUGUGGGCGUUUAUUUACUUUCCUGUUGGAAUGUAUAAAAACGCCGACGCAGCCGGCCAAAGCGCGGAGAGAGGCGCUCUGUCCUGGCUUCUUUUCCUCCAAUUUCUUAUGUUUACAUGUACUUUUGCCAACAUGUGCAUUUCCUUUGCUGAUUCAGCUGAAGGCGGAGGCAGUGCCGCUAACCUCCUCUUCAUGCUGGUCUUUUUCUUCUGUGGCGUCCUGGCCUCACCUACCUCGAUGCCUGGUUUCUGGAUUUUCCUCUACAGAGUUUCGCCGCUCAACUAUUGGAUCUCGGCUGUCUUAUCCACCGGAAUCGCUAAUGUGGAUGUUACCUGUGCGGUCAAUGAGUAUACCACCAUCAUUCCGCCGGCGAACCAGACUUGUAGCGACUACAUGGCCAAGUACAUGUCAACCAUGGGAGGUUACUUGCUGGAUCCUGAUGCCAUGAGCGAUUGCAAAUACUGCAAGAUGAAGGAGACGAACACCUACUUGGCCGCCAUUAGCUCUCACUACGACGACAGAUGGCGCAAUUUCGGUAUUGGCUGGACUUACAUUGUUUUCAACGUCAUUGCCGCCUUGGUUUUGUACUAUUUGGUUCGAAUGCCCAAGAGGAAUAAGAAGCUCUAG